AUAUUGGUAAUCUUGGUUUGGAAUGUUUUACCCUAGUCGUUCCAUUUUCUGAAAAAAAGCCAAGUUUGACCGUUGGGUGUUUUAAAGAAGGGAAAUCGCUUUUCCACCCGUUUUUCUUCACAUGUUGUCAGUCGAGCCGAUCAUCCCGGCAGGGUUUCCCUCCCCGAUCCGUUUAAAGCCAGUGUCGUAGUGGAAUAUAUUGUUUUAACGAGUUGUGCGUUCGGUAGCGAGGGUCUAAUUUGAAUUAGGUGCUGGAGUUGUCCUCCGAGGGACGGACGAGUGUCGCAGUCGGGAACGAUAUAAUUAUAAAAAAGAUUCUGGUAUGGGUGGUAAUAACACUUUCAUCAAAUUGGAAGAUUGGACAUCUGAUUUGAGAAAUUCAAUGAUGAUAAUUGUCUUUUGGUGAAAAAAAAGAUGUGAUAAUUGCUGAAUGAAAAUUGAAAGUAGAUAAAAGUGAAAACGGAAAGGCUGAAUAGAUUCAAGGAUGCUAAAACUACCUCAUACUACUAAGCUAUUUGGUGUACCCAUUGGCUCACAAUGUAAGCCUACAGCUCAAUAAACUCGGCCAAUACUGAAUUAUUUUUUACUGUUCCUCUGCACUCUACGGGUAUAUUUUAACUAAUUUCGACAAUGGCUGCUACUUUAACAUUGCGUUGUACAGCUGCUAUUGUACUUAUGUUAAGUUACAUGAUAUGUUUAAGUUUGUGCCAUACUAUUACACACACCACACACUGUGAAUUCCAUAAUGAAACUUUGUGCAAUGAAACCGGUUCUGAAGGAUGUAAUGAAACAGUUAAUUGUGAAGAUUCGGAGACCGAAAAACGUGGAGGAGUUUAUUGUUUUGUAUUAUGGCAUAACAAUACUGAAGGGAAACCUAUGAUAAAAUUGAAAGGUUGUUUUUUGAACAAUAACGAAUGUUCUGGACAUUCUCGUUGUGUUGAAUCUACUUGGAAAGAACUUAUGUUCUGUUGUUGCGAGGGAAAUAUGUGUAAUAGGGACUUCUAUUGGGAGCCUACACCCCCUACUCCCACACAGAACACGAUUCCCGGUGAAAGAAUUGCACUGAACACUGUAAGUCCAGUGUUACUUACUCUGCUUCCAGUGGUCCUCCUUUCAAUAGCAUUUGUGAUACUGUGCUGGGUAUACAGGAAUAAGAAAGGUUCUUAUUUCAAUGAGGUUCCGACUAUGGAUCCACACCCAAUGCCUCCAUCCCCGACUACUGGAUGCAGGCCAAUUCAGCUGAUAGAAGUCAAGGCAAAAGGGAGGUUUGGAGCUGUAUGGAAAGCACAAUAUAAAGCAGAUGUUGUUGCUGUAAAAGUCUUCCCUGUCCAGGAUAAACAGUCAUGGCUAAGUGAACAACAGAUCUAUAAGCUUCCCCACAUGAAACAUGAUUGCAUUUUAAGGUAUAUUGAUGUUGAACGACAUGGAGAUGGACUCCAGACAGAGUUUUGGUUGAUAACUUCUUACCAUGAAAAUGGAUCUCUUUGUGACUUUUUGAAAGCUAACACAUUGACAUGGCCUCAACUUUGCCGAAUUGCAGAAUCUAUGGCAAGAGGCCUAAUGCACCUUCAUGAAGAAAUGUCACCGACUAAAACAGAGGGGUAUAAACCGGCUGUUGCACAUCGUGACUUUAAAUCGAGAAAUGUUCUUCUUAAAUCAGACUUAACAGCAUGCAUAGCAGAUUUUGGAUUGGCACUGAUCUUCCAACCUGGAAAACCGUGUGGUGACACUCACGGCCAAGUCGGAACAAGAAGAUACAUGGCUCCAGAAGUGUUGGAAGGUGCCAUUAAUUUUUCAAGAGAUGCUUUCCUCAGAAUUGAUAUGUAUGCUUGUGGUCUAGUUUUAUGGGAAUUGGCCACACGGUGUACAGCACAAGAAAGUGUAAUUGGGGAGUAUCAGUUGCCUUUUGAGGAAGAAGUGGGUCAGCACCCGACACUCGAAGACAUGCAAGAAUGUGUUGUUCACAAGAAACAAAGACCCAUUUUGAAAAACACUUGGAGAGUACAUCCAGGCCUGCAAUCUUUAUGUGACACUAUGGAAGAGUGUUGGGACCAUGAUGCAGAAGCGAGGCUCUCCGCUUCAUGUGUAAUGGAAAGAAUUGCUUUCCAAGCGAAAAGCAACCCAGCGCCACUUUUUAUUAAUGACCCUAACUUGAUGGAUUUGGGGCAUUAGGAUAGAUUUCAAUUAAAAAAACAAAAGACAACCGUCUUUAAACAAAUACUUAAAUAAUUUUUGUUAUUAGAUACACUAUAGGCAUCAUAUAAAUGUGUCCAUUUAAUCAAAAUUUUCUUAAUAUUAAUGUAAUUAACAAUUAAUAUUGGUGUAUGUGAAACUUGCAAUUUUGAAAAGGAGUCAUCCCAGUUGGUUACACACUCUGAAAAAUUAUAACAAAUAUAGAUGUAUUUUGUGUGCUGUGCUGUCUUAACCCAUCGGAAGAUAGAUGAUUGUUUAGAUCUUCUUAUUGUUUGAACGUUGUGUUUUUUCGGAGCUUCCCUUUUCAAAAAGGGAUAUAAGAAAAUUGAAAGGUUUUCUGCUAAAUAAUAUACAUAGUACAUAUGUAAAUAUUUUUUAUAUGAUUGUUGCCUACAGAUAAUAAUAAGGAUAUUUUCAACAUUUUAACCAUGAUUAUAGUCAAGAUGUUAGAAGCCUCUAUUUUCCUAUUAAUUAAAUUUGUCUGCCUUCACCAUCUUGUUCCUCAUUUUAUUUACGACUAUGAUGAUGUCAUCAUUUUUUUUUAAAUUUUAUUUUACUGUAACGACUAUUGAUUUUAUAAAUGAAAAUUGUAUAUAAAUAUAUAUGAUUUUAUACAUAUAUGUACACAUUAUUAAUUAUAUGAAUUUUAUUUUUAAACUUCAUUAAAUAAAUUUUAGGGAAUUGUAGAAUUUGAAAUUCAUAUUCAUUAAAUUAUGGUGAGCAGGUAAUGUAAGUGUUGUGUUGUUAAAAGAAUGUGUAAACAAUAUAAAAUAUAUUGAAAAAAAAAAAA